AUAAAGUUGCUCAUAUAUUUGUUCUGAGCAGUAGUGUCUGAUGAGAAAGGCUCCAGUGGGCAUCCUUACUCUUCCUUCUGCAGUGUUUUGAACAAGAGACGAGAUGGUGUGUUCUGGAGCGCUGGGAUUCCUCCUGCUCUUUCUGCUCCAUUCAGCUUCAGGGGUGAACAAUCUCUAUAACAUCAUCAACUUCCUUCGUAACAAUUAUGGAGGUGAUUAUCAGUAUGCUUUGGGCAUUAAUGUCCCACCUAGAUAUUGUGAACAAGUUGCUCCUCUUGAUCCUCCUGACCAGAACUUCCUCCCAAGUGAUAAUAACGCACAGAGAGUGAAAGAUGACAUGGCUGGUGAUGAUAAAAUUUACAAAGGUGAUCAGCUGAUUGGUGCCAGACCAAAACCAAUCCCUCAUUCACAGAACAACAACUACCACUCUGAGUAUCUGUUGCUGAUUAAUUCCACGUCCAGUAAAUUAGAACCCAAACCACUCAUGGAAACCCUCCUGGAUUCAAAUCCUGAUGGCUGCGCGGUUUUCUUCACCCGGAACUCCCCCUGUGUGAGAACCUGCUCAACACCUAACGGACUCUACAGCAUCAUACCUGCGCUUAGGAGUCAGUUCCAAAACCACAAAGGUCUAAAAGCAUUUGUUUUUAAUCGGGUUUGGCCUCGUGAUGAAAAUGAUCCUGCAUGGCGAAAUAAUAUAAAGACUAUAAAUGAUAUCAUUCCAGUCUAUCGCUGUGAUGGUAAUUGCACUCUCUGCGUAAACAAUAAUGAUGUUGAUCGGUGUUGUUUGAAGAAUUACCCUCAUUGCUAAGCUAUAUCAUGUGUAACGUGCUUUCCAUGGCAACUUGAUCAAGUACCUGCCUUUAAAUGGCAUGAAAUGACUUGGAAAAAAAAUUAGCCACAAAUGUUAAUUAAAAAAAAAAAAAAUUGCUAAAACUGUUUCCUGCUUUCACAUUUAUCAAUAAAGCUCAGCAUUUAAUCAG